GCAGCGUUUCCGUCCGUUCAAGUGACCUAAAAUUGGCCUUUAUUUUUAAAAAUGGACGCCGCAAACACGCACCCGCUUGGAGGUCGCCCCGGUAGCUGCACCGGAGGAGCGGCAGGUGUUGGUAGCGGUGGAGGUGGAAGAAUGCCAGGAGGUGGUGGUGGAGGAGGAGGAGGACCAGGCAGUUCAAGUCCGCAGCAGUUUUGCCUUCGAUGGCACAAUCAUCAGGCAAGCCUACUUAGUUCGCUACCGUUGCUGCUCGAUCAGUCACACCUUACCGACGUAACGCUUAUGGCGGAAGGGCAGAAGAUCAAAGCGCAUCGCGUUGUGCUGAGUGCGUGCAGUACAUUCUUUUCCGAGCUGUUCCGAACGCUAGAUGGCGCACAGUAUCCGGUGGUGGUGUUGCCCGGUGCAUCCUACCACGCCGUUGCAGCACUGAUAACCUUCAUGUACUCGGGCGAGGUGAACGUGUACGAGGCACAAAUAUCCGUCCUGCUAUCGCUGGCCGAAACGCUGGGCAUUAAAGGAUUGGCCGACAUUAAUAAUAGUAAUCCCAACAAAUCGAGCACACCGUCAACGGAAGCUUCAUCGUCGAGGGAUUCUGACGUACCUUCACCUUACCAUUCGAUGAAGGUGUCCUCGCCGGUGGACAACUUCUUCGCCCGGCCGUACGGAUUUGGGUCGGAGGUGUUUGAAAUGCGAAACAAUGCGCAAGCCCUUAAUCUGAUCACCAACUCCGGAGGAUCAAAUGGAGGAUCGAACGGUAGUGCUAAUGCAGCUAACAAUCAUAACGAUGGCUUCUCCGGCAACACCAGCACCGCCGCCAACAACAACACGCUCGUGGGGAAGUCUCUUACAUCGAGUGAUCUUUAUGCACGAUUUGAAGCCGAUCGUAACGAACAACUGUCCGCUGAAGCUCUGUGCAAGAUGAACGAACUUAAUCUCCACGCAGAAACCGCCCUCAUGAAGGAGAAACAGCAUCACCUGAACCGUGCUAUUACACCGAUCCGAGGACCAACCUUUGCACAUCAGCAACAGCACCAACACUCGCCACACUUGACUAAUCCUGGCGAUAGUCGCGCAAUCAUCGACUCGGCCAUGUACGGGAACUACGGCAACGAUAGCUCCCGUGACUGCAAACUACCCAAUGGGCCACUGCUGUUGGGCAUGAAGCUGAAAGAGGAAGAUCUUUCCGAUAGCAUCCAUCAGUUGAACCAAUCGUACGGUUCCGUACCGUCUACUCCAACCGCCCAAACACCGGGACAGGAGGAUGCGGCGGGUCGCAUCACACAAACAUCCAACACGCGCAAAACUCUCAGCGCCCAGGAUACGGCUACCAGCAAGCGAAAAAAGUUAGAACAGAUUGCCGAAAAUCUGUUCGAAACGCUUAAACAAUCCACCGAAGGUGCAAAGCUACCGCUGCAUCUGUUCAACAAACCGCCCACCGUAACGCCCGUGAGCACCACGCAAAAUCCGUACCUUGCUCACCAUUUCCUCACGAACGAAAGUGCCUCAAAGACGCCGGAAAACUUUAGCCUAGAGUCUUCCCAUCCGAAUGCUGCUUCCAACACGAACACACGCGCUUCCCCGAUCGCUACGGCGACGUCGAUUGGGACCGCUUCGUCACCGACCACAACGCCGGGUUCGCUUCUUGCGCUGACACCUUCGCCCGGUAGUGCCAACGAGAAUCUUAUCAAAACGCUUCACAUUACGCAUCCGUCGCAGGUGGUUGCACUGCAGCAGCAGCAGCAUCAGCAAUCGCCACAGCAACCUUCCACUCAGAAGCCACCAUCUUCGAAACUGUACGCCACGUGCGCCAUUUGCAACAAGCAGCUUAGCAAUCAGUACAAUCUGCGAGUUCAUCUGGAAACUCAUCAGAAUGUCCGCUACGCAUGCACUGUUUGUUCGCAUGUCUCCCGAAGCAAGGAUGCGCUACGAAAGCACGUGUCCUAUCGCCACCCGGGAACGCCAAGUCCUUGCGAUCCCGAUACGAAGCGGAAGCGCUCCAAGGGCACUUCUUACAGUCAGCUUGCCAAGCAGGAUGGACUUACUGAACAGCAGGCAGCCGCAAUACUAAGCCACCAACAACAGCAACAACAUCAACAAAAUCAACAACAACAACAGCAGCAGGCCAGUAACUUGUUGGCCAAUCUUACAGGACAGGGUCCACUGCCCUCGCUGUUACAAACUUUUGCUGCCCACCACAAAUCGGCCGCACUACUCUUCAACCAGACAGCUUCAGUGGCGGCAAUGGCACAGUCAGGCGCUAGUAGCUCAGCAUCAACUUCCGCGCCAGCCGCACCGUCAGCACUGGAACCCUCCAGCGUGAAGCGUGAAGUUCCUAGUGAGGUGGUAGAGUCAAAAUCCGACAGCAAGUCGAAUGAUACGAAACCGGAUGACCCAACAACGCCAGCGACCAAACAAUCUGACAAAGACAUUUAA